GUUAAUGGUGGAGUAGAUGUGAUCAGAUAAUAGAAUGAACAAGUAUUAAUUAAGUGGGUAUACCUUUCGAAGUUAAGGGUGGAUGAGGAUAACUUUAUGGUUGAAACAAGUUAUGAAUGUACAUGGAUGAAAAUUAAACAAUUUUGUUUUUCUAGACUUAUUUGUUUUAUUUUGUAACAUACACAUCAAGACUAAUCAUCAAUACAUUACACAAUAACAUUUGGUUUUUGUAUAUUAGUAAGAAAUUUUGGUCAAAGUUAAUGUAGGGAUGGUGCAAAAGACUUAUAUUUGACUCCAAGUCCGUUUCGUAUUCUUGUCAACUUAACUAAGUUGUGUUUAAUUCCUAACAACUCUUAAGUUGAAUGUUUCUUAAAUUGCAAAUAGUUUGACUUUUGUAUUGUUUAUAAAUGACUAUCUAUGAUAAAUAUGGUCAUGUGGGAUAUAUAUUGAGCAAUAUCGGUUAAAUGCUAAAAUCCUAAAACUUAUAAAGCCUUGAAUUUCUAUUAUUAUUCACCUAAGAGUGCACUUAAUAUUUUACUCUUAUUUUGUGCCUUAAUUUUUUUUUCUUCUUAUUCUUAUCAAUAGUGUGGGGACAAUUAUACCCUUGGUCUCCUUUUUUUCUCUUUUGCCUUUUCUUCAUCCUUUUGUUGGCUUGGCAGCCCAAUAAUCCAUUCAAACGAACUUCUCUCAUCAUUCUUUCUAACCUAGUUUUCCUCAGCCCUCUCGUCUCUCCUAUAAAUGUUGCUUGUAGAAUGCUACAAUAUCAAUGCAUAAAUAUCGUAAACGUAUGUAUGAUUUCAUAUUAUUAAUUACAUGCAAAUCGAACUGUAGCAUUGCUUUCUAGUAUUUAACGUAAAUUUGUAAAUGUAAAUAAACUUGUAUACCUUGGGGGAUCGUGGGCGCUAGCGCACGAUCCAACAACUAGUAUGAUAAAAUUCCCGAGAUAUGCUCAUAUUUCAAUUAAUUUUCAAUCUACUGUCCACUUCAGCAAAGAAAAUUGGUCUAUUUUUUUUUUUUUUUGACAAGUCAAGGCUAUAUCGCCAAUUCAAUUAGCGGUGUAGUGCACUAAAUUGCUAAUUGAAUUGGUGAUGUAAGAGGACAUUGCUAAUUGAGUUGGCGAUGUACACCUUUUUACCUUUAUUUUAAUAGUGGAAGUGGACAACCAAAAUUGCCAACUCAAUUAGCAGUGAAAGUAGACAAAUAACAAAUUCAUCAAUUGAAUUUUCGAUGUUUUAUAGUAAAAUCGUCAAUCAAAAUGAUGUUGAUGUCAGGUAACUCGUCAGUUCAAUUGACAAUUUUACUAAACAAUAUCGCAAUUUGAAUUGGCGAUUUAGUGUUGAACCGGGAAAAAAAAUAUUAGUCUUUAUAUCAAUGCUUACGUUGAUUGAAAAUUUAUUGAAAGAGGAACGUAUUUCUAGAAUUUUGAUAUCUUUUAACAUUUUUGUUGGAAAUUUUCCCAAAGAAAAUCCUUUUUUUUAUGACUUUUUUUUUCUUUCUAUUUUUCUAUUUUUCAAUUGAUGUCAAUACCAAAAAGAUGUCAAAAUUUCAGAAAUACGCCCCUUUUUUUUUUGAUAAAUUCUCAAUCUAUCGUCUACAUCAACAUUGUUUUAAAGACUACUAUUUUUUUCACGGUAUAACACUAAAUCCCCAAUUGAGUUGACAAUGUUGUUUACCGCCUAUUGGCGAUUUACCUGACAUUAUCGCCAAUUGAUUUAGCGAUUUGUUUGUCCAAUUCCACCGAUUAAAACAAAGGUAAAAAGUUUUACAUCGUCAACUAAAUUAGCGAUGUAGUCCUCUUACGUUGCUAAUUCAAUUGGCGAUGUAAGAGGACGACAUCACUAAUUGAGUUGGCGAUGUAGUCCUGACUCGUUGAAGAAAAUUAAUCGGUUUUCUUUGUUGAUGUGGAUGUAGAUUGAUAAUUACUUGAAAUAGAGGUGUAAUUCAGAAAUUUUGAUAUUUUUUAGUAAUUUUGCCGUAUAUAGCUCAUAUAUACUUCAAAAUAUCAACUUUUAUAAUUUUAACUUACGAUUAAUAAUACAAGUAUUUAAAAACACACGCAUUGAUAUGCAUGAAAGUCAACCCGUUGCAACAAAAAAUAUACUUGUUCAUUUCUUAGUUUCUUCCCUACACGAAAAGAAGUGGAUGACAAAUACUUCGUUAUACAUGAAGCUUUUGUUAGUUGUGAUGAAUCCAAAUAGUCAUGCUUUUGAAGUAGACACAUAAAAUCUAGAGAUUCUUCAGUUUUGUAUUUGUAUAUGUUUAAUAAAUAACUACCUCGUUUAGAAUAAACUAUGGAAUCAUAUCCCGAAGGACCCAAACACCCACAAAUUUUGACAAUGGUUAGGUUCGAUAAUACUGGUCUGAUGGCAAAGAUCUUUGAUAGAGCAUACAUUGUGAUACGUGAUAGAUGUUUGACGUGUGUUAUCUUUGAAGAUGUGAAUGUCUGCCAACAAACAUUCACGUCGAGCCCAUUUCUCACUCUUAAAUCAGACUAGCUUAGGUUUUUUCAUAUAUUAUCCCACCUGCUUAAUUAUGUAUUUUAACAUUUGUUUAACCCAAUUGUUCUGUUUUAAUUACCCCUCUUUGGUAUGUUUUUAGUUGUACUUUUUAUUUCACACUCACGUGUAGGAGUAGCCAAGGAGGGGAGAAUAUAACUAGAUUAGUCAAAUGGGAACGUGGAAUUGAAACAAUUGCAUGGAUGCCAACCUAUCACGCGCCGGGGCGGUGGUCUUCUCUUAUAUUCGAAUUGACCUUUAUACCCUUGGUAGUUGCUAGCUACCUUUGCUUAGAGAUAAUAAAAGUGUCUAAUUAAAUCACUAAAUUAUGUGACUAUUUUUAGAACUGUUUUCGUUUUACAAAAACCGCUCCACAUUUUAGAGGUUGUAAGAGGGUUGUUCCACCAUGUUUAUUUUUUAUUAGGAAAGAAAACUAGGUAGUGUUUACACUAAUCUAAAGAAGGUGCUCCAGUAUGUGGUCGAAUUAGUUUACAUGAUAAAAGUAUUCAUUGCCUAACGGCUAAACCUGACCAGUAUCCUCCUAUUGAGCUGAGGCCUGAGGGAGUGAGGGUAGGUGUGCUGUUUAAUCAAGCUCUCAUUUCCAUUUGUACAUAUUCCUUGAUAUUCUAAUAUGUCUUAAAUAAACUCUCUAUCCCUAGUUUGAACCUUAUUUUUAUGUGUGGGAUCCAUUCAACUCUAAGAUUAUUAUUAUAUAAGUACCUCCUCAAAGUAGUAUAAAUAUAUGUGACCUUGGCCCAUUUUGCUUCUAAAAUCAUAUCCCUGUCUUAUUUAUUCCAUCAACUCAUCAUCAAACUAUCAGAGGUGAAGCUUCUAGCCUGGUAUAAGUUUGUAGUCUUUGUUUAGUUAUAGAGAAGAAAAAGCUAGCAUGGGAGGAAGUGGAAGUUCACCUUGUGCAUCAUGCAAGUUGUUGAGACGGCGUUGCGCUAAGGACUGCAUCUUUGCUCCUUACUUCCCUCCUGAAGACCCUCAAAGGUUUGCCCUUGUUCAUAAGGUCUUUGGUGCAAGCAAUGUCAGCAAAAUGUUGCAGGAAAUUCCAGUUGAGCAGAGAGCAGAUGCAGUGAGCAGUUUGGUAUACGAAGCAAAUGCGAGGAUAAGGGACCCUGUUUAUGGGUGUGUAGGUGCAAUUUCAUUCCUGCAAAACCAAGUCUCACAGCUACAAAUGCAGCUGGCAGUGGCUCAAGCAGAAAUACUAAGCAUUCAAAUGCAGCAAGACCCGAUGACCACCGCGUUACUUCAAAACCAGAUAGACUUUGCAGAUGAAAAAUCUCUUCUUUUAGCAACUAGUAACAACUUCAGUAAUCUCCAGCAUUACCUUAAUGAUUUUACUGCCAAUGUAAUUCAGGACCCUCUUAAAAGAGAGUCUCUCUGGACAUAAAUUUACCCUUUUUUUCUUUUCUUGCAAUCAAAUUAGAUUACUUGUUAAAAGUUGAGCUCUUUCUUUUUUCUUUGUCCUUCUUUUUUUUUGUGUGUGUGUCAUCCUUUGACUUUUUCUGUUACAUCUUCCUAAACGUGCUUCCAACGUAUAAUCAAAGGAUUCGAUACAUAUAAAAUAAUUGUAAGAUAAAAAUAAUGUAAUUAUAAAAGAUGCAGGCGUUGAAGUUG